GCGGCGGCCGCGGGGCGCAGGCUGAUGACGCGUUGGGCCGGCCUGGGAGUCUCCACUUCCUGGAGUCGCCGGCCGGGGCCGCUCGCUGUACUCAGCGCCGGAGCCGGGAGCCCGCGGCCGCCGCCAUGUCCCACCAGACCGGCAUCCAAGCAAGUGAAGAUGUUAAAGAUAUCUUUGCCAGAGCAAGAAAUGGAAAAUACAGACUUCUGAAAAUAUCUAUUGAAAAUGAGAAACUUGUUAUUGGAUCGUGUAGUCAACCUUCAGAUUCCUGGGAUAAGGAUUAUGAUUCCUUUGUUUUACCCCUGUUGGAGGACAAGCAACCGUGCUAUAUAUUGUUCAGGUUAGAUUCUCAGAAUGCCCAGGGAUAUGAGUGGAUAUUCAUUGCAUGGUCUCCAGAUCAUUCUCAUGUUCGUCAAAAAAUGUUGUAUGCAGCAACAAGAGCAACUCUGAAAAAGGAGUUUGGAGGUGGCCACAUUAAAGAUGAAGUAUUUGGAACAGUAAAGGAAGAUGUAUCAUUACAUGGAUAUAAAAAAUACUUGCUGUCACAAUCCUCUCCUGCCCCAUUGACUGCAGCUGAGGAAGAAUUACGACAGAUUAAAAUUAAUGAGGUACAGACUGACGUGAGUGUGGACACUAAGCAUCAAACACUGCAAGGAGUGGCAUUUCCUAUUUCUCGAGAAGCUUUUCAAGCUUUGGAAAAAUUGAGUAACCGACAGCUCAACUAUGUGCAAUUGGAAAUAGACAUAAAAAAUGAAAUAAUAAUUUUGGCCAACACAACAAAUACAGAACUAAAAGAUUUGCCAAAGAGGAUUCCCAAGGAUUCAGCACGUUACCAUUUCUUUCUGUAUAAACAUUCCCAUGAAGGAGACUAUUUGGAGUCUAUAGUUUUUAUUUAUUCAAUGCCUGGAUAUACAUGCAGUAUAAGAGAACGGAUGCUGUAUUCUAGCUGCAAGAGUCCUCUGCUAGAAAUUGUAGAAAGACAACUACAAAUGGAUGUCAUUAGAAAGAUUGAGAUAGACAAUGGUGAUGAGCUGACUGCGGACUUCCUUUAUGAAGAAGUACACCCUAAGCAGCACGCACAUAAACAAAGUUUUGCAAAACCUAAAGGUCCUGCAGGAAAAAGGGGAAUUCGAAGACUAAUUAGGGGUCCAGCUGAAACUGAAGCCACUACUGAUUAAUAUCAUUAUAUUAAGUGUUACAAUACUAGUUUUUUAAAAGUCCAACUUUUAGUACAGGAGAACUAAAAUCAUUCCAUGUUGAUAUGUAGUAGAGAAAAAAUUUGAACUUUUUGAAAAAUAGCACUUUUCACUUCUGUGUGUUUUUAAAAUUAAUGUUAUAGAAGUCUCAUGAUUUCUAUUUUUGAGUUAAAGCUAGAAAAGGGUUCAAUAUAGUGAUGUUUAAUUUUGUCACACUGUUUUCAGAGUGAUGAUUCCACACUGUCACAGAAUUCUUCAAGUUUUAUACAGUUGGGCCAAUUCCAGAAAGUCUAAUGUCUGAAAGUAAGGUGUACUUCCUAUUACUAUUUAGUGAGACAAAAUUUUUUCUUUAAGGGAGAAAGGCCUUAAAAUAUUCAUACUAUUUAAGGAUUAUGUAAUACCUUAAUCAAUAAAGAAAAAAAAAGAAUCAGGUUAGAUUAUUUUCUAAGCUGAAGAUUAGUGUGCCUAAGAAGAGGUGGAAAGUUGCUUACUUUGAGGAGCAGGCUAACUCUCAGAGUGGGAUCAUGUUUGCAACUUUUAGAAACAGUGCUUUCUUGCAGCAGUCUUCUAUUUCACUUUUUGGUUUUUUAAAUGGCAUUAAAAUUUCAGAAGAUCAGCUCACUCUGAAACCUUAAGGGCACAAGAUAUUUUCUGUAGUGCAGGAUUUCUCAUGUCAUUGGAAGACAUGUUUAUACAGCUUUAGUACAUUCUCUUUCUAAUGCUUUAAAAAUUUCUAUUUCAAAAGUAAGUCAUUGUAAGUAGUGUGAGGCCAAAUAUUUACGUUCAAUUGAAUGUAAUAUUGUAGAUUUAAUAUAAUUCCAAAGCAAAUAUUUAAAGUCAGUAAUACUGAAAACAUCAAGAUUGAUUUCUCUACAAAACCAUAUAUUUAUAGGAAAAUUGUGUUCUCUAUCAUUUUUGAGCAAAUAUUCAGAUUUAACCAAACUGUUUUAAAGUCCCAGUACUUGGCCUAACACAGAUGAACACUAAAGAAUCUUGUUUCGAUUUUUAUCUUAUUUCAAGAUACAUUUAACUGUUUUCCAAAGCUUUGCGUUUUUAUCUACAACCUACAGAGAUUUUGAGCCUCAUUUUUCUUUGAUACUUGAAAUAGAGGGAGCUAGAACACUUCAUCAUGUUUAAUCUAUUAAACCUGCUGCGAGAGCCAUAACUUGGAGGUGUUUUCUAAAUGAACUGUGGGGAUCCAGAAUUCAGAAUUUUUUGAUCUAAACUUUAUGCUGCGUAAAACAAUAUCAGAAAUGCACAUUUCAUAGUAUAAAAUACAAAACACUCACUUUUACACAUUAUUACCUAAGGUAAUAUAUGCACCUUUCAGAAAUUCGAUGUGUGUUUGAGUAAAGCAUAUUAGAGUAAUUAUAGGUUGACAGAUUUUCUUUCCUAGAAUUAAAUAAGUAUUUGUGUGGGGUUUUGUUUGUUUACAAUUAAUCAGACUAUUAUGUUUGUGCAAAAUAAUCAACAGUAAUGUUGCACUUGUUUACUAAAGAUAUAUUUUAAGUUGUUUCAUGGGUGCACACAUAGACACAACAUACACACAAAUUCCUGCAUUGAGAAUCCUGAAGCUGUUGUUUUUAGUCAGGAAGAUUGUUCAUCUGUCAUAAAAUAAUUUAGCAGUGAAUGUUUUUCUGUACUAUCCAUGUGCAAUUAUACUCUAAAUUCCACUACACUACAUGAAAGUAAAUGAACAUUCCAGAAUAUAGAUGUGAUUAUAGAGUCUUAAAACUAAUUAUUAUUAAACCAAUGAUUGUUGAAAAAUCAGUGAUGCAUUUGUUAUAGAGUGUAACUCAUCGUUUACAGUAUAUUUUAGGUGGUGUCAUCAUAACAAUAGAAGGUGAAUAACGUAUUCCCAAUAAAUUUAUAUAGCAUUGAAGAAUUACGCCUUCUGUGGACAUUUUAUAAGUGCAUUUUAUAUUGCAAUAAAAAAUUUUUCUCUUUAAA